AUGAGUCUGACCUAUUUUCCUUGUUUGUCAAUAAUCUCGAAUAAUCGGGUUAUCUUUAGUCUUUGCGAAAUUCGCUCUUUGCAGGAUUAUUACGAAUAUCAAAUAGCAAAUUUUAUUAAUAAGGGAUUUCACAUUGGUUCACGUCACGCAGAUGAAGGGGAUGGGAAUAGCAAGCCUUCUGAGCAGAAUUCGAGUGAAAUUGGUGUUCUUACAAAGGUUGCUGAUUAUCAGGUAUAUCAUCUCUAUCUUUAUCGUAUUAGCAAGGAAAUCUGUCUAUUUCUUCUUGUAUCGAUCACUGUGGGUGAUAAUACCCUUAUUGAAAUUAUGCAGGAUAUCUAUCAGACAUACUUGCAAUGCAGAAACAACCCACUUUCACUCACCAAACCCGACAGUCUUCUCCACUCAACCACGCUUUAUUCAGCUAUAUUUGAUCUAUUGUAUGAUGCAGAGAGAAAGAUGACUUUUUAACUGUACUAUUGGAAUAAU